CUGGACCGCCCCUUGUCCAUUCUGGAUUUGACAGGAAACAUCAGAGUGUCCCCAGACGAACCAGGAAUUAGACCCCUCCAUUUGCAAAGCCGCACUUUGAAGCCCGUCGGUGUUUUUCUAUUGGACUGAAAUGUCUGAGAAUAAUAAAUAUUUGCAGGAGUCUGUUCAGCCUUCCGGGUUGGUCAAGUUCCUCUCCGCGGUGUUUUACGCCGGCAGCUCUUUCCUGAUCACGGUGGUGAAUAAAACCGUGUUGACGACUUUCAGGUUUCCUUCUUCCAUGUGUCUAGGGCUCGGUCAGAUGAUCACCACUAUUGUUGUCCUUUACAUCGCCAAAGUGAGCAAAACUAUCCAGUUCCAAGACUGUGACAGAGGUGUUCUCUUAAAAAUUUUUCCUCUUCCCUUGCUGUAUGUGGGGAACCAUUUAACAGGACUGGCAAGCACCAAAAAACUCAGCUUGCCCAUGUUCACAGUGUUAAGGAAGUUCACAAUACUGAUGACAAUGAUUUUAGAAAUCUAUAUACUGAGGAAAACGUUUCCAAAGCGUCUGGUGUACAGCAUUGUGACCAUAGUCCUGGGUGCCAUGGUGGCUGCAAGUUCUGAUCUGGCCUUCGAUUUGGAGGGUUACACGCUCAUCCUGCUCAAUGAUGUCUUUACUGCAGCCAGUAGCGUAUACACAAAGAAGAAACUGUGCACAGAGGGUUUGGGAAAAUACGGCGUCUUAUUUUAUAACGCUCUGAUCAUUGUCAUCCCCACAUUUUUGGCGAGUGCAUUUACAGGAGACCUACACAAGGCAGUCGCGUUCGAGUCCUGGGUCCAAACUACGUUCAUAUUCUGUUUCCUCUUAUCCUGCUUCAUGGGGUUUGUGCUGAUGUAUUCCAUUGUCCUGUGCAGCCAUUAUAACUCAGCACUUACUACAACAGUGGUAGGAGCAGUAAAGAAUGUCGCAGUAGCCUACAUUGGUAUCUUUGUGGGUGGAGACUACCUGUUUUCUUGGACAAACUUCAUAGGUCUCAGUAUUUGUAUGUCUGGUGGACUGAUGUACUCAUAUCUCACUUUCAAUGACAACCCUUCUGGAAAUUCCACACAAGGAACUAAAGAAUUGAAGAUUCAAGUGACUUAAGACUCAGCUGUACAGUACCCAGCUGGUUAAAUGGGCGUCCUCACAUUGGCCACUUGGUGGCAGUGUUUUUCUCCAUAUUGGAGCAAACUUGCUUCUUAACUUUUAUACUUAUUUACAAUCAGUAAAUUGCUUUUCUGAAUACAUUCACUCCAUGUUGCUAUGCAGAAUUAAAGGUAAAAGAGCACACCAGUUGUGGCUAAGGUUCAGUGAAUGUUUAUUGAAGACCAAUUACAUAACAGUGUGGACAGCUUGUCAGAGAAGACUUAUCUGUAAAAUGUGUAACAAAAUGCCUACUAAGCAAGCAGGAUUGAUCUAUAAAUGCGCAAAUAAUGAAAACCAUUGGGAAAUAUUAGCAGAAGGGGAAAAAUCCAAACUAGAAAUCAACUUGAAAAGCUUUUGGUAAAUUGUGCACACUCAAUCCUCUAACAAACACAAAGUGUAUAUAUUAAAUGCCAUAAUCUUCUCAAACCACAAAAGAAACUAGGGGUUAGAAAUACUUCAAAAUAUACUAUGAUUGGGUACAAUAAAUCAUUUGGUGUUUUGAUAAUCAACAAUUAACUUGCCUUCCAGUUUCACAUCAACUUCACAUGGGCAGUUUUGUUAAUCUACAGACUGAAACAUCACUGUUAGAGCGAGCAGAAACAGGGCAGUUAUGAGAGGCGUCAUACAGUGUUGAAGGAUGUAGUGUCGCUAUAAAAACAAAU